AUGGUCGUAGCUGGUACGCUGAAUCCAGAAGAUGAUGUGGAGGUAACACCGGCCAAAAUACCUGUUGUAAAACCAGCCACAAACAAGGCCAAUCCAAAACUGGGCGUGGGAACUGUAGCAUUCAGCCAUGACUGUAAAUACAUGUAUACUAAAAAUGACAACAUGCCCAAUGCAUUGUGGAUCUGGGAUGUGCAGAAACUGUCCCUGUCAGCAGUCCUGGUUCAGGCAGCGCCCAUUAAAUGCGUACAGUGGGACAGCAGUCAGACACGGCUAGCUCUGUGUACGUCCACCAACAAACUCUACAUGUGGUCAGCCAGUGGGUGCUUGUCUGUGGAGAUUCCUGCUGAAGCCUCGUUCCAGGUGAGCUCCUUACACUGGCAUAAGGAAGGCAAGGCCCUGCUGCUGAUGGGCAAGGAACAGAUGUGUGUGUGCUUCAUCACCAACAACAAUCAGACUGACGGAUGAUGCGGUUGUCUCCCCUUGAAAUGGCAUUGAAUGUGAUAUUACCAGUGUAUAUAAAACACCACUGUUUUGUCUGUACUGCCCUAACCAGUAUGUGUAGUACAUCAUAUUGUACAGAUCAAGACCUUUGUUUUAUUGUAUAUCUUGCAUUGUGUGUUAUUUGUACUGAGAGGAACUUCAUUAUACUAUAAAUGUAUCUUGAUGACAACAUUAUACUUGUACUAUAAAUGCAUCUUGAUGACAACAUUAUACUUGUACUAUAAAUGCAUCUUGAUGACCAUAUUAUACUGUUAUUCAUGUUGCUGCUCAGGCCUAAAAAAAAACUGUUGUGGUUCCAAUUACCUGACCGACCCUUGAAUUCUGGUGCCGACCCUAUUUUUUUUAGGCGGAAUGAAUAAAAUAAGCUUUCGGAUA